AUGGCGAAGAGUUCUCGAGCUUCAAACAAGAAGCGCAAUAAUGCUAACCUACGCACUAAAGUCUUUGGACCAGCUCAUGAUGCUCGCCUAGAACGUUUGUCUGCUAAGCUGCAAGAAAUAGCAAAUGCGCCCAAGCCAGACGAAGAGAAGAAGAUGGACGUUGAGGGGGAGAAGGCACAAGAAGAGGAAGAGGCAGGUGACGACGGUACAAAGACACAGGUUCAUGAUGAGGCUAUGCAAUGGACCGGUCUUUCCUCUGCUCGAAAAUUGAGAAGUACUAAAUCCUCAGGUCGCAUCACGAAGCACGCGAGACGCAAACCCAGGAACCAGGUUGUAUUCCCCUCUGAGAACGCGAGAAGAAAGCGACAGACCAAGAGCAAGAAAGGAUGA